AUGACAGCCCCAUUACGGCCAGAAGAACAGGAAAAGCAGCUCCGCGACAAGUGCUACAAGCUACUUCAUACAGAAGCCAAGCUCCUACAACGGUGGAAAGAGGAGGAUGCGCGACACGAGGCUCGUAAAGCCGAUCUGCAAGUACAGAAAGACAACACCGUCAACGAGCUGAACCAAUACGCUCAGGUCGCCUGCCGCAACCUCUGCGACAAGAUCUUCAAAGUCUGUCCACGCGAGAUACGCGACUACAUCUACGCAUACCUCCUGCCCAACUCCCCGGUCGUCCUAGAGCAUUGCGACCAUCGCGAUUGCGAUAGCAAGCCCUGCGCCAAGGGAAGCGAAACGCUGUAUUACUUCGUUGAACCCUACAGUCAUCUUUUUAAAACCGCAUACGUCAUUCCAGAAUUCUCCAUAGAGCUACUCGAAAAGUACUAUCGCACAUCCACAUUCGACCUACGAGACCAAUUUGCAAGGCUAGGCGCCUUCCGGAGCUUGGAUAGAGGAAACCUUGGUGUCAUACCAGCCAACUACAUCCUCAACGUUUCCUUGUGCAUACAAUGCGACAAGUACGACUUCGACGGGGUAACGGCACCGUUGGCCAGCCUGCAUAGGAACUAUGCCCUCAAACCCCGUCGAGCGCUGCUCGCAGACCUCGAAGCACUAUUCGGUUUCAAGGCUGGCACUAAGAUCGAUUUACACCUCCACGUAAACCGUGACUGGUUGUUGAAUGCGCACGUGGCCGAAUACUGGGAAUGCGACACCGUCAUUCCAGUCAUCCUGCCGACGCUGCGUAGGCUAGCUGCUGCUGGUACAAAGGCUAAGUUGUGUUUUGAUCAUUUUGGGUGGGGGGUGACUAUUGAUCAUGGAGACGUCACGAUGGAGGAGAUCAAGAGCGGUUUGUCGAAGAAGAUUGGCAAAUGA